ACAGUUCAACUGCCUGUUAAGUGCGAGCUACAUCGACUGAGCAGAAUAAUCCCCACACAACGAUGAAUGGAAAUUUGAAGUAGGCAGGAACAGAUCUGCAACGGACUAGACUGCGUGGUCGGAUAAAAAUGAUUUCAUCAAACCAUGGGUUUUCUGCUCGAGAUGGAGGAACCAGAGGAGCCAAAGAAGAUGCUUUCUAAUUGAGACGAAACAUAUGAUUAACCUCACUAUAUUUUUAAGUAGGCUACUUUAGAACAAGUUUAAAUGGAGACAAACUUUUGAUGAAUAACUGGAUAUUGGCCAGGUUGUGGGGAAAUUUCCGAAUUAUAGAGGAAACAGUGAACGAACAGGUUUUUUUUAAACACUAAAAGGGAUCCUGCCUUUCUCAGAAUGGGGAAUAUUGAGAGCACUGACGAACAGCCAGAAACGAAGCCGCAUAUCAUGCCAUUAAAAGUGCCAAUGCCCGACUCGAACGAACUGGAGGAGAGGUUUGCUCUAGUUUUGAGCUCCAUGAACCUGCCCCCUGACAAGGCCCGGCUGCUGCGCCAGUAUGACAGCGAGAAGAAGUGGGACCUGAUCUGCGACCAGGAGCGGUUUCAGGUGAAGAACCCCCCACACACCUACAUUCAGAAGUUAAGAGGGUAUGUGGACCCCACAGUCACUCGAAAGAAGUUCAGACGGCGUGUUCAGGAGUCCACCAAAGUUCUGCGGGAGCUGGAAAUUUCCCUGAGGACCAAUCACAUCGGGUGGGUUCGGGAGUUCCUCAAUGACGAGAACAGAGGGCUGGAUGUCCUGGUGGAGUACCUUUCCUUCGCCCAGUGCGCUGUCAUGUUGGAUUUUGAGGGGCAGGAGAGUGGGGAGGAGGGGGCUCUGGACAAGGCGAAGUCGUGGAGCAGGUCCAUCGAGGAUCUGCACCAGUGCGCCGGGCAGCCUUUCCUCAGCGCGCUGGCUCAGUCCGCGCGUCAGUCCGCCCACCGCUACAACACUUUCACCAGCAGCAAAACCCUCAAGAACUCCCGUCUGGUCAGCCAGAAGGACGACGUGCACGUCUGCAUCAUGUGUCUCCGCGCCGUGAUGAACUAUCAGUACGGCUUCAACAUGGUCAUGUCACACGCUCACGCCGUCAACGAAAUUGCCCUUAGUUUGAACAAUAAAAGCUCCAGGACUAAAGCCCUUGUCCUGGAGCUUCUGGCCGCAGUGUGCCUAGUGAGGGGGGGCCACGAGAUUAUCCUGUCUGCCUUCGACAACUUCAAAGAGGUGUGCAAGGAGAAGCACCGCUUCGAGAAACUGAUGGAGUACUUCCGCGGCGAAGACGGGAACAUCGAUUUCAUGGUGGCCUGCAUGCAGUUCAUCAACAUCGUGGUCCACUCGGUGGAGGACAUGAACUUCCGCGUGCACCUGCAGUACGAGUUCACCAAGCUGGGGCUGGACGACUUCCUGGAGAAGUCCAGACACACGGAGAGCGACAAGCUCCAGGUGCAGAUCCAGGCGUACCUGGACAACGUGUUCGACGUCGGGGGGCUGCUGGAGGACGCGGAGACCAAGAACGUGGCCCUGGAGAAGGUGGAGGAGCUGGAGGACCAUCUGUCUCACGUGACGGAGAAGCUGCUGGAGGUGGAGAAUGAGACCAUGACGAAGGUGGCCGAGCUGGAGAAGCAGCUCCUACAGAAAGACAAGGACCUGGUGGCCAUAAAGGAGACGUACGAGUCGACCAGCUCGCAGGUGAACACGCUGCGGCGGAUGAUCGAGGAGAAGGACGCGGCGUUCCGGCGGCGGGCCGACCUGGAGAAGCGGCUGCGGGAGCUGGAGCAGCAGGGGAGCGUCGGCGUGCUGAGGGGGGGUGGCUGCGAGGCCCUGGGGGGCGGCGGCGGCGGCGGCGGCGGCGCCGUGUGCGGGACUGUGGGAGGAGUCACGGGAGCGCCAGAGCUGCUUGGGCCGGAGGGGCUCGGGGCGGACCCCUCCGCGGACCUGGAGCCCCCGCCUCCGCCGCCUCCGCCGCCCCCUCCACCCCCGCCCUUACCCUCUAGCUCAGGGGAGUUCAUGCCAGUUCCGCCCCCUCCACCCCUGGCCCCACCUCUGCCAGGAACAUCCCCGUCUGUCAUUCUCAGCUUUGGCCUAUCAGCCAUCAGGAUUAAGAAGCCGAUAAAGACUAAAUUCCGGCUGCCGGUGUUCAACUGGACCGCGCUCAAGCCCAACCAGAUCAACGGGACCGUGUUCAACGAGAUCGACGACGAGCGAGUCCUGGAGGAGCUGGACCUGGAGAAGUUUGAGGAGCUCUUUAAGACCAGAGCCCAGGGCCCGGUCAUUGACCUGUCCGGCCCCAAAACCAAGGCCCUGCAGAAGGCAGCCAACAAGGUGACCCUGCUGGACAUCAACCGCUCCAAGAACCUGGCCAUCACCCUGCGCAAGGCCGGCAAGAGCACGGAGGAGAUCUGCAGAGCCAUUCAGACGUUCGACCUGAAGGCGCUGCCGGUGGACUUUGUGGAGUGCCUGAUGCGCUUCCUGCCCACGGAGGCGGAGAGCAAGCUGCUGCGGCAGUACGAGCGGGAGCGGCGGCCGCUGGACCAGCUGGCCGAGGAGGACCGCUUCAUGCUGCUCUUCAACAAGAUCGAGCGCCUCACCCAGCGCAUGAGCAUCAUCACCUUCGUGGGCAACUUCACCGACAACGUCACCCUCCUCACACCGCAACUCAACGCCAUCAUCGCGGCCUCGGCCUCCGUGAAGUCCUCGCCGAAGUUAAAAAGGAUGCUGGAGAUUAUUUUAGCCUUGGGAAACUACAUGAACAGCAGUCGGAGAGGAUCCGUCUACGGGUUCAAACUGCAAAGCCUUGAUCUGCUGUUGGACACAAAGUCGACGGACCGGAAGAUGACCCUGCUGCAUUACAUCGCCCUGAUCGUGAAGGAGAAGUACCCGGAGCUGGCGAACUUCCACAACGAGCUGAACUUCAUCGACAAGGCGGCCGCAGUGUCUCUGGAGAACGUGCUGCUGGACGUGCGGGACCUGGGGCGGGGGAUGGACCUGGUCCGCAGGGAGUGCGGCCUGCACGACCACGCUGUCCUCAAGGGCUUCCUCCAGACCAGCGACCCGCAGCUGGACAAACUGCAGAGGGAUGCCAAGACUGCUGAGGAGGCCUUCGGCAACGUUGUGCACUACUUUGGGGAGACCCCCAAGACCACCCCUCCAUCUGUCUUCUUCCCCGUGUUGGUGCGCUUCGUCAAAGCGUACAAGGAUGCAGUGGAGGAGAACGAGCAGAAGAAAAAACAAGAGCAGGCGCUGAGGGAGAAGCUCCUUGCUCAGGAGGCCAAACAGCAAGACCCUAAGGCGCAGGCCCAGACGCAGAAGAAGAGGCAGCAGCAACAGGACCUGAUCGCAGAGCUGCGCAGACGGCAGGCCAAGGACCACCGGCCCGUCUACGAGGGCAAAGACGGCACCAUCGAGGACAUCAUCACAGUGCUGAAGAGCGUGCCCUUCACUGCCCGAAGCGCCAAACGGAGCUCGCGGUUCUUCUCCGACGCCAACCUCUGCGAUGACUCCAACAGCUAGCCCCGCCCCCCUUCCCCCUCCCCCCCCCCCCCCCAACCCCGCGGCAGCCUGUCAAAUUCUGCCCAAGAUCUCCGAAACCAGCCCUUCCGCCGAGCCGACGCUGUGAUCAGAAGCGGGUGGAAGAGGCCGUGAGGGAGAACCGAACCACCCCCCCCCCCACCCCCCACACCGCCCUCCUGAGGCAAUUCUAAAUGCAGCUCCGCCCCUUUGCGUAUGAAAAGGCGGAUGGUCUUUCAGUCUCAAUAUGGCCUCCGCGGUCCACUGGUGCGUCGACUGUCUGUCGGACUCACAAAGUCAGGAAUGUUUUACUAUGUUUUUUAUUUAUUUUUUGGGACGCUGCACUGGGGGGGCUCACCACCAUCUUGUCCUCCAUGCACAGAAACACAAGCCAGGCCUAUUUCCAGUCUGUAACAGACAGUACAUUAGGGCUCCAUUGGCAUUAGCUAAACCUGGACCACUAACAGAAGGCAAAUUGCAUUGACUAGGCUGGCCAGUGCUAGCCCAGAAUGGAACUUUCCAUUAAGUGUGUAUUGUAAUAUUUUAAUGUGUAUGUUUUAUAUUCCAAGCGUUGUGCAAUCAACAGCAGGAUUCUAAUUACGGAACAGCUGCAGGUUUGUGUGUUGCUGCUGUUGCUGCUGCAGUUGCUAAAAGAAUACAACGGUUGCGUCCUGAAAAGAGAACUAUAGCAGACAACUGCCAGUGUUCUCAUUAUUGUCAUGAUUUGUUUUUAACCAAAAGCUAGCCAAACCAAAACUGCUCUUACCUCUGGACCUCUGGCCAUCUUAAAAAGUGCCUGUUUCAACAGUAUUAUUUUUAAAAAUGAUUUUAUGUAAUAUGUACCUUGUAUCAUUUAAAUAUUUUUAUACUAUAUUUUUUUGCUUGAUAACAUUUUGGAAAGCUGUAAAUAGUUGGCUACUGUUAAAAAUCUUUAAUGUUUUUUUUUUUUUUUUAAUGUGCAUCUAAUGAAGUUUUAACCAUAAGUGAUGCAAUGGUUUUUGAGGCCCGGGGAAUAGCACAGAGUAGAGUUUGUACAAUAUAUUAAUCUGCAUAAUCUCUGCUCAAUUAAUUAUCUUGUUUGUGACGUAGAAUAAUUGAAAUGGGUUCGCCUGUUGAAUGGACCACAAGCGCCGCCUCAGAAUGCGUGAGCCUCAUGGUUUAUCGUUGAGUUGCUGCCAGCACGAAAACUACCAAAAUGCUUUGUGGAAAGAGCAAAUAUUUCCAUUGUGCUAGUCCUGUAUAGGUCACUUUGUUGGCUUCCCUCUAACUUUUGGCUCGUAACAAAAAAAAAUGAUUUUGAUGUGCCGAAGGCGAACGCUAUUUAUCGAGCGCCGAGAAGCUGACUCCAGCUGUCAAUCACCAGCCGAACCUCAGGCGGCUGCCAGCUGCGGAUGCGCCAGGUUGGCAUGCAGAUUUCACGUGAUGUCAUGCAGUCCUACUCAAGUUGUUCUAUUCAGUUCAUUUCAUUGCUUAAACGGGAAAGAAUGUUUCUCCUCUAGCGCAGGUCCCCCGAACCCUGGCUGUGGAGGGCCGCAGGAUCUGCCAGCUUUUGUUCUCACCCUAAAAUCAGCAGGGAUUGCAGAUCCAAUCAGUCCGUUACAGUAACUGUUUUAAGUGACCAAUUUAAGUUGUGAGAAUGAACAAAAACAAGAAGACCCUGUGGCUCUCCAAGUCCAGGGCAACGACCCCUGAUCCUGUGGCAAAGAGUAACCAUAAGGAUUCAGCAACCAUAGCCCCUGUGUAUUUCUGCAUUCCAGUGUAGUAAUAUACUAUAUCAUUACACGUCUUUUAUGCCCAUAAUUUAUCCUUUAUAAACACUACUCUUUCAGAAUUACAAGAUAAAUUAUGCUUACCUUUUUCCUUUUCUUGUAAUAAAAAGUCAGUAAUGCAGAGAAUUGACCUGAAUUCUUGAUGACUUCUGCCAAGUAAUAGAUGAUACAUUUUGCAAACUGUGACUCCAUCCUUACUGAUAAAAUACCCAAUAAAAAACUGGACCAGAAAUGGAA